UUUUCCAUCCCUAUUUUGCAACCGUUUUUUAUAAUUUGAGGAGUGACUUGGAACGAUCAGCUUUUGGUACUUUGCUUCGUAGUGAACAGUAUUCGAUAAGAGAUCAAAGAUUAUAGCAAAGCAAAAUUGGAAUAAAUACGUAGUAAACUUUUCUACUAAAUAUGGUUGAUGUUUUGACUGUUGAUUGCCUAUUGGAGGUAUUUAAAUACCUCAGCCUUAACGAUCAGGUAGCUGCUACUGCGGUUAAUAAGUGCUUCCGCAAUAUAAUCGUGGAUCGUAUUUGGCGUUUAAAAUACAAAACAAUAGUCUUAAAAGAUGCGGGUGUUGGCGAUCUUACAAUGGAGGAACGUAGCCUAUUCAACAGUCUAAUUGCACCACAUGCAAUUAAGAUUAUUGUACAUGAAAGACAUCUGUUACCUUCCUCAUCCGCAGGAAAAUGGCGUGAUAUAAUUUAUGCACCUAUUUUAAAACUGGAAUAUCCACAAUUAAGGGAGAUACGAUUCUAUGAUACGUGUUUUGAUAAGGAUGACCUAACGGUUAUAUUGAACAAAUGCCCCCAUCUAGAAGUACUCUUGCUCAAAGAUCAGUAUCCGACAGAUCAGCACUUGGCUAAAAUUCCCCAUCUGCGGGAAUUGGUUUUGGUCUUGCACUCCUUGUAUUCAGAACCUUUAAAAAAUUGUUUUAAGAAUAUAGCAAUUUCCCGCUUAUGUUUGGAUGACCGCUAUAGGCCUAGCAAUAUGAAGUCCAAUCAACCAUUGCUUGCACCAUUUAAAAUACUUUAUUGUGUAAGGAAGGAGAUCUUAAAUAUCACGAACUUGCGUGGGCAAGGAUCACAACUAUAUGAGUUUUUUAACUCUCUUCAAACACUGAAGGAGUUAUUCGUCAAUGCUAAAGUCAUGCCCAUUAUUUUGUUUUCACUAAUCGAAGGCAACUUACAGCUGGAGCAUCUCUAUAUAAAAAUAGGCUAUGAAUUCCAAGGGUUUGGAGAAUGGAUUUGUAACUUAUCUGAUCGUUUACAUGAACAACAACGUAAUCAGAUAAUCACCGUACACGUGGGGUGGCAAGAAUUGCCCGUGCAGCUAAUGCAGCAGGCAUUGGAGCUAUAUGAUCAUUGUCGUGGCUACCGAAGACCAGCAAUAAGGAUUCAAAAACGUGCAACAUCUGAUCAGGCUGAGUAUAUGGUUAGUUUGGAAGCUUUGGUUCAACUUGUCAAUAUCUUGAUGGAUUAAUUAUAUCUGAAGUAUUCUAUACUAAUCUAUGUAUAUCUUUAUACAUAUACAUAUACACCUAUAAGUACGUAUAUAAAAUGGUAGCCGUUUAUUAGUUAUAACUUGGCUAAAAAAAUAC